CGUAAAUAAUAAAAAUAAGUUGCGCUUGGGUCGCGGAUUUGUUGCAGCUAAAAGGCGAAGCGACAAAAUUACGGGAUUUUGUGUCGUGUCGUAAAGUGUGUUUUGUUAUCUUGCGCAUUCCGCGGAGUUGUUUUCGUUGUCGUUGUUGAGGAGAAGGAGGAUUUUUACGUUGAGCCGCUCCGAGCCACGAAGGAGAGGAUGGGGCCCACGAAAGUGACCCAAGAUGAUCAGCAGUUUAAUAUCGACUUUGUGUUUGAGGUGAAGAAGCAUUUUUGCCUCUUCGACAGCAGCAGCCCGGAAUACAAGCAGGCGGUGAUGCAGGACAAAGCAUGGCAAGCCGUUUCGCAGGAGGUGGGCGAAUCGGUCGACACCUGCAAGAAGCGCUGGCGCAACUUACGCUGUUGCAUGACACGCUACCUGAAGUCCGUACGUGACAACACAGAUUUGGCGGCUAACGGGCGUCGCAAGCCGUACUAUCUGUACAGCUACAUGAAGUUCGUGAUCCCGUACCUGAAGAUGAAGGAUGAGAACGUGUCCUCGUAUGAGUCGUCGUCGUUCGACGAUACGGCCUGGGCGAAGCCGAACUCGUCGGUCGGCGGUAGCAAGGACGCUUCGACUCAGGGCGAGGAGGACGAUGACGAUGAUGCGGUAGAAGAAGGGCCCAUACACGACAUCGAAACGAUCGACGUGCACGAGGAAGAGGAUCCUAACCAGCAGGAGCUCAAGCAAAGCAUCAUCCAGUCGAUCAAGAUCCUUGGCCAGCAGCCACAGACAUCCAGCGAACAGCAACCGCAGCAGAUUACCAUAAGCGACACAUCGGCGACGGCAUCGGCCAACCCGGCCACGACUACGUACGAGAUCUUUACCGGCCCUCCCGCGAAACAGGCUCGUCUGUCGAGUUCGUCUUCCAAUUGCGAUCCUAUCAGCUCCAGCAGUUCGCAUACCGCGACGAUAAAGAAGGAACUGUUAAAUGCACGCCAGUUCAUCACCCUUACGGCCGCCUCCUCCACGCCCAACACGACGGCGGUGCCCCUGUUCCACAGCCCCACGAUCACGGCGCAGCAUCAGUUGAACGCCGUUCCCGCCAACUUUGCGCAACAGGCAUCUGAUGCACAGCUGCAGCAGCAGCAGCAGCACCACCAUCAACAGCAGCAACAUCAGCAGCAGUCGACAGCACAACAGUUUACCCUCAUACCGAGUGCGGCACCGUCCCAGAUGCCAUGCGAUGCUGAUCACAACUUCUUCCAGAGUCUCGUCCCGGACAUUCAAUCGAUGACGAUGGAGCAAAAGCGCAAGCUGAAGAUAGGCAUUCUUCAGCUCAUCGAUAAAAUUCUCAAUGUAUAGAGGGCAGUCCCAGCUUUCCCACUCCCCCACCUCCCCAUACACGAUUGAUAACGUGUACUAUAGCGAUUAAGAUUUAACGUAUUUUUUCUGAAAAAUCAACGUAAUGUACCAUUUAGGCGUUAAGAUACUGCAGAAUCCGUGCAAUUUUCUACCUGUUUGUCCGUCUCAUAUCUUGACCGAUUGUUUAAAAGCCAAAUUGCACAUCAACUUUUGUUUUAAUCAAUCGAAAAACUCGUAAAGCUGUUUAUUUAGCUGUACAGUCAUUUCUAAUGUAGAUCAGUUUUCCAAAUGUUUACUGUGUUUUUUAAUGCGUUGAAAUAAAUUAAAUAAAGUCAGUUU